GUAGUUGGUUCCUCCCUCCAAAUUGAAACUCCCACAAACAUGUCGGUGAUUUCAUGCUUCUCUUUUGGCCGAACCAAAAUCUUCAACUUUACGGCUUCAACAACUUCAAGAUCCCUCUUUUCCUCAAAAACCAGCAUACCUACCUCAUCAACAGCCAAAAGAACUGUGCAACGUUCAGUUAAAAUUGAACAACGCACGAAGUUUGGAAUAACUGAUAUUGAUGGAUAUCCGUACAAAGGAGCAAAUGAAUUGGUUCAACGCAGUGAACCACCACCCCAUUGGGAAAAGGUGCUUGAAGGGAUUCGCAAAAUGAUGAGUUUUUCUAAAGAUGAACCAGUUGACUCAAUGGAAUCUGAAGAAGCUGCUGAUACUGUACCUCCUAAGGAAAGAAGAUUUGCUGUCUUGGCAUCUACUGUUUUAUCAAGCCAAACUAAGGGGCAUGUUUCUCAAGGAGCAACUAAACGUCUUCGGCUAAAUGGUCUGCUUACUGCUGAUACAAUCAACAAAGCUGAUGAAGAAACCAUCAGAAAGUUGAUUUACCCUGUUGGAUUUUAUAAGAGAAAAGCCAGCAACUUGAAAAAGAUUGCAGAUAUUUGUCUCAUGAAAUAUGAUGGAGACAUACCUAAUUCAGUUGAGGAACUGCUCUUACUUCCAGGUGUAGGGCCUAAGAUAGCUUAUUUGGUUAUGAUUCUUGGAUGGAACAACGUUCAAGGGAUAUGCGUCGAUACUCAUGUCCACCGCAUUUGCAAUCGCCUUGGAUGGGUUUCCAGAGCAGGCACAAAGCAGAAAACAUCAACACCGGAAGAAACAAGAAAGGCGUUGCAGCGUUGGCUCCCAAGAGAAGAAUGGGUUCCAAUAAAUCCCCUUAUGGUAGAUUUUGGUCGAACAAUUUGCACUCCUUUACGACCUCAUUGUGGAAAGUGUUGCAUAAGUAGUCUGUGCCCAUCAGCAUUCACAGAGACUUCAAAGCCAUCUUCCAAAUCCAAUAAGUCCGAACUGAAAAAGAGGCUUUAAUCAAAAACUGAUUCUUGCAUUUCAAGUUUGAAAGGUGAUCACUCAAACGAAGUAGACUUCAUAUGAAGACGACAAGUGAAAACAGUUAGAUGAUUUGAUAUGAUUUUACUAAAUUAGUGUCUUAACGGUUUUCAAUUAUUAUCUUCACAUGAACAUGUGAAAGCUCACCAAUUUGAAAUGCUGAAUCAAUAUCUUGAAUAUCAUA